GGUGGUCCGCUUCAGUUUAGUUUUCAAAACCCUUGUGAUAAAGUAACUGUGAGCUGGCCUAAAAUGGCCUCGGAACCGGACGAGGCGUUCCUCCGGAACUAUUUCGCCGGCUACGAGCUGGAGAAUGGCAGUUUCGCGCUGGUAAACUUCCCGGUCACGCCGGAACACGACCUGGAGAACUGCAACUGCAAGCUCAACUGCUGCUUCAAGUUUUCGCUGCACGCGCGGCUGCUGCUCCGCGCCGGCUACCAGAUGCUGACGGCGGCCGGGCGGACGGCCUUUUUGGUGGCCCACACGCGCGAACCGAGCCCCAGCCAAACGCAUUACAUGCUGCCGAUUAUGGGCAUGGGGUUGGAGAAGGUGUGCCGGGCGCACUUUUUGAACACCCUGCAGGAGAGCAACGGCCGGGUUCGGCAGGUGGUGCGGAACAAGCGGGAGACGAACGAGGAGGAGGAGGAGGACGAGGACGAUUCGAUGGAUUAUGGUGGUAGUGAGGAGCCUGGGUUGGGCAGGAAGCAACGCAGGGCGAUCCGGUUGGCACGUAUAGAACGCGGGUUGAGCUACAUAAUGCCGGUAACGAAACGGGUGGCUCCGGCAAGGAAGGUCAAGGCGCCGUGCAACGCGGCGUGCAAUUACAAGUGCUUCGAGCGGUUUCCGAUUGGGUUGCGGCAGCAGAUGUUGAAGGAACUGCUGCAGAAGCCUUUGGCCGAGCAGCGGAAAUAUUUGGCCGAUCACUUGUGCAGGCUCGCUCCGAAGAGGAGAAGAAUUGUUGAAGGGAAGCCUUCGCUUAAGCGAUUUACCAACUAUUACUUUUUCGAGAAGGGGAAGAAGCUUCACAAGGUUUGCAAGACCAUGUUCCUGAACACGUACGACAUUACGGACCGGGGAGUGAGGAAUUUGCUGAUCGAGAAGGGAGCCGCGGAGCACGUCAUUUGCGGCAAUCCGGAGCUGGCCAGGGUGGUGAAGAGAGAAAACGGGAUCGUGUUUGAUAUUGACGGGGAUGGCGGGAAAACCUUGGAGGAGGAGAGUGAAGAGGAAGAUUUCCCGGUUGACGUUGGUACGGUUAAGGUGGAGGAGAUUGGAGUGGGAUUGGACGAGACUGAGCAGGAGAUCUUACCGGACAGUGGCGACGCUAGCGAGGCUUCAAAAGUUUCAAUAAAACUUGAGUUUGUGGAGGGAGAUGAAGGUACCGCGCCGGAAUUCCCGCUGACAGCUGUGGACAUAAAAACCGAGGACAACCCGCGUGAUGACGAAUCCGUUGACGAUCAUGAAGCCGAAGACGACGACGAUUACGCCACCGAAAGUCAGAGUGAGGACUCGUUGCUUCUAGAAAAGCUGCCAAACCGUAAAGCUACCAAAAAAGAGAACAGAACGCGCGUGGUCAAGCCAAACUGCAGCGCUUCGUGCCUCAUGUACUGCGUUCUCCGAGUAUCGGAAGAGUUGCGCCAACAGCUGCUGGCCGAUCUCCUAAAAAUGACGCCAACAAAGCAGAACAAAUUCAUCGGCGAUCACAUCUGUGCCAUGUACGUCGUAAAACCGCGCUCGCUGACCGAUCGCCGCGCGCUGUCCUACCACUACUUCCUGCCCGUGGACUCCCGGCUGACAAGGGUGUGCAAAACGAUGUUCUUGAACACGUUCGACGUCACCGAUAAAAUCGUGCGCAAUAUUCUCGCCAAAAAGGGCACCGACAAGCACCUGGUUUGCGGAAAUCCAAACUUUCCACCCCUGCUGAUGAAGGGCGGCCAGCUUUUCUUCGAUUACGACGAGGGUGGUGACGAGUCGGAGCUGGUCACGCAGCACGACUGGGAAGAACGGUGCAAAUGCCAUCUACAAUGCGAGAGCAAAUUCCCCGAGAAGUCGAUUGCGCAGAUACAAAACAACUUCCAGAAAAAGCCCAAACCGCAGCAAGACACUUUCCUCGUCAACCACAUCCGGUUAUUGACCGAUAAGAAAAACCUCUGCAACUCAGCUCAACCACCAUUUAAGAACCCCCUGUUCCGGGCCCGCUUCUUCCUCCCACUCGGAACAACCGUGCGCGAAGUCUGCCGAACGACCUUCCUGCGCACGUUCAAGCUGACCGCGAACCAGGUAAGUACUCUGCUGACCAAAUAUCCGCACCUGCUGGUCGAAAUCGAAGAUCCGCUCGAGCUGGCCAAGGAGCACAUCGCGUCGCAUCGCCAGGACGCGGACCAUUACUGUGUGGAGAGUGGCGGAAUCGUUAAGCUGUCCCACUGCCCGGAUGUGGUACGAAUGUACAACGAAUAUCUGGAACGGAGCCAGCUGGGGGUGGAACCGAUCGGCUAUCGGCAGUAUUAUACCGAGUUUAGUAUGGCGUACGCCAAGACGGGACUGCUGCUGCCGACAAAGUGUCCCGACUGUGGGUUCUUUGAGCGGGGAAAUCGGGGAGUGGAAGAUAUCAAACCGGAAAUUUACGAGACUGAGCAGUUGAUCUUACCGGACUGUGUUCCGGCGAACAAUCAGGCUGGAGGAAACGAUUCCGACGAGAUGAUUUUGCCUGAUUGUGAUGAAACUAGCAAGUUAACCGAUGAUCCAGUGAAGCACGAACCGUUGGAUAUUGAACGCGAGAUGGACGAAUUCAAAACAGCUAAUGGAGAGGAUUCCGCCACUGACAGCCAGGAUGAAACGCUUCCGUCCGACGUUCAGCACAGAGCCAGCACGCGCAAAGGCGUCGGCGAACCACUGUGGUUGAAGUCAGUGGUUGAACUUAGACGAGAGCGCAAAAUUCGAGGCCUCAGCUACACGUCCUCAACUGGAAGUAUAAUUCCAGCCCGAGCGGUCAAGCCAAACUGCGGUGCCGGUUGCAAGUUACAGUGCUUUACCCGAGUGCCGGAAGAGUUGCGCCACCAACUGCUGGCGAAUCUGCUACAAUUGUCUCAAAGCGAUCAGCGUAAAUUUCUCAGCGAUCACAUCUGCAACAUGCCCGCCGCACGACCGCGAUCAAUUGCCGGACGCAUUUACAACCAUUACUUCCUGCCCGCUGAGUCCCGGCUGGUCAAAGUGUGCAAAACAAUGUUCAAGAACACGUAUGAUUUGCCUCAGAAAACGCUGGACAAAGUUAUUUCGAAAAAGAUCGGUGACAAGCACGUGGUCUGUGGAAAUCCAAACUUCCCGGCGCUGCUGAAGAAGGGCAGCAAGAUUUACUUCGAUUACGACGAGGGUUGUGGCGAAGCGGUGGCGGAACCGCCGGAAGUCUGGGAAGAAGGUUGCAAAUGCGAACUGCAGUGCGGACACUUGAUUCCAGCGGAGGUUGUUGAGCAGAUUCGGAGCAGCUUUCGGAACAAGUCCAGAAUGGAGCAAAAUAACUUCCUGCUCAAGCAUGUCCAGCUUCGGACCAACAAGAGAAAGCGUAGAAAGAACGCACUUUCCCUGGUCCAGUUCUACCUUCCCCUCGGGUCAAACGUCGAAGAGGUAUGCAAGAUGAUGUUCCAGCACGUCUUUAAGCUGAACUCGAGCCAGGUACGGACUCUGCUGAAAAAUAUGUCGAAAACCCCGGAAUUGCCAGUCGAAGAAGUCAUGGAUCCAGUCCAGUUUGCCAAAGAGCACAUCGCAGCGCAUCGGAUGGACGAGGAUCACCACUGUGUGGUGAGCGGAGCUUUGGUGAAGCUUUCCCACAGUCCCAACGUGGCGCGGAUGUACAGUGAAUACCAGGAGGGGUGCCAGCAGGGAGUGAUGCCGAUUGGCUAUCGGCAGUAUUAUGCCGAGUUUAAUAAUAACUUUGUGCUGACGGGACUGCUGCUGCCGGCAAAGUGUCCCGACUAUUUUAAGGUCGAUGAAUCCGGUGGACGCGAUUCCGUGUACAGGUUGUCCAGUUUAAUCCAGUUUCUUGAAUUCUGUACAGUUCGGAUCAGGAGGAUGGUGUCCAACUUAGACCAGGAUCUCAACAAGGGAGCAGUGGAGAUCGAUUUUGAAGAUUUUCCGAUUGAUAUCGGUUGCGUUAAAGUGGAAGAUUUCGAUCCGGAAAGCGCCGCGACUGAGCAUGACCAUUGUUAUGUCGGCGAGUCCUCAAAUGGUCCGAUAAAACUUGAAAUAACAGAUAGUGAUGGAAGUUCCGCGGAGGUGAACCAACCGGGAUCAGAGCAGCUAGACUUCGUGGUAGUCAUUCCCCGUGAUGAUGGCUCCAACGACGAAGAAUUACCCGAUGACGACGAACAUACCGAUUCCGGUACCAACAACCUUGAGGAAGUCGCAUCCGGUGACAAACUUAGCGACAAACUCAGACGAGAGUACAAAACCAGAGGCCUCAGUUACACAACCAGAGCUGGACGAAUACUUCCGGCCCGCGCGGUCAGGCCAAGCAACGGUGCCUGCUGCAAAUAUCAAUGCUUUACCCGAGUGCCGGACGAGGUGCGGCCGCAGCUACUGGAGAAUCUGCUACAACUGUCCCAAAGCGAUCAGCGAAAAUUUCUAAGCGACCACAUCUGCAGCAUGCCAUGUAAACGACCGCGGUCAAUUUCCGGACGGUUUCACAAUCAUUACUUCUUGCCCGUUGAAUCUCGACUGGUCAAAGUGUGCAUGACGAUGUUCAUGAACACGUACGAUCUGCAUCGGUCGGCAUUGCGCAACGUCAUCGCCAAAAAGAUCGGCGGCAAGCACGUGGUCUGUGGGAAUCCAAACUUUCCGGCACUGUUGAAAAAGGCCAUCAAGUUUCACUUCGAUUACGACGAGGGUUGUGGCGAAGCGGUGGCGACAAAGCAGGUAGGCACGGAAAAAGAGUGCGAAUGCGAUCGUCAGUGCGAUACCAAAUUUUCGGUCAAGAUGAUUGAGCAGAUACGGAAAAGCUUUCGAAAAAUGUCCAAGGAACAGCAACGCAAUUUCCUCUCCAAGUAUAUCCAGGUUAUGGUCGACAACAGAGACAACCAGGAUAAGAACCCGCUUUACAAGGCCCUUUUCUCGCUUCCCCUCGGCUCAACCGUGGCGAAGGUAUGUCGAAAAAUGUUCCUGCACACGUUCCAGCUUAAAUCGGGCCAAGUUCGGGCGUUGCUGAACGAACAUUCCAAGAAUCCGGAUCUGCUUGUCGAAGUCGUGGAUCCGUUUGUGUUUGCCAAGGCGCACAUCGCGGCACAUCGGAUGAACGAGGACCACCACUGUGCCGUGAGCGGAGCUUUGGUGAAGCUUUCGCACUGUCCCAAUGUGGCACGGAUGUACAGUCAAUAUCUGGAGGGGUGCCAGGUGGGAGUGGAGCCGGUAGAUUUUCGGCAGUAUUAUGCCGAGUUUUGUAUAGCCUUUGCACAGACGGGACUGCUGCUGCCGACAAAGUGUCCCGAGUGUGGGUUCUUUGAACGGGGUGUGGAAGAUUUCGAUCCGGAAAGCGCCGCGAUUGAGCAGGAGGUGAACCGAUGUCAUGUCGGCGAAUCACCAAAUGGUCCGAUAAAACUUGAAAUGACAGAUGGUGAUGGAAGUACCGCGGAAGUGAAUCAACCGGAAUCCGAGCAGCCAGACAUCGCGGUAGUCGUUCCCCGUGAUGACGAUUCCAUCGACGAAGAAUUACCCGAUGACGACGAACAUACCGAUUCCGGUUCCAACAUCCUAGUGGAAGUCGCAUCUGGUGACAGAAUUAGCAACAAACUCAGACAAGAGUACAAAACUAGAGGUCUCAGUUACACGACCACAACUGGAAGAAUAUGUCCGGCCCGCGCGGUCGGUGACAAGCACGCGGUCUGUGGAAAUCCAAACUAUCCGACGCUGCUGAAGAAGGGCACCACGUUUUAUUUCGAUUACAACGAGGGCUAUGGCGAAGCGGUGUCUGUACCGCAGGAAGACUGCGAAGAAGGGUGCAAAUGCGACCUUCAGUGCGAGACCAAAUUUCCGGCCAAGGUGAUUGAGCGGAUGCGGAAAAGCUUUCGAAAAAUGUCCAAGGAACAGCAACGCAAAUUCCUGUCCAAGUAUAUCCAGGUUUUGGUCGACAAGAGAAACAACCGAGAUAAGAACCCACUGUACAGGGCCCACUUCACGCUUCCCCUCGGCUCAACCGUCGCGAAGCUUAAAUCGAGCCAAGUACGGAUUCUGCUGAACGAACAUACCAAGAAUCCGGAUCUGCUGGACGAAGUCGUGGAUCCGUUCGUGUUUGCCAAGGCACACAUCGCGGCGCAUCGGAUGGACGAGGACCAUCAUUGUGCGGUGAGCGGAGCUUUGGUGAAGCUUUCACACUGUCCCAAUGUGGCACGGAUGUACAGUCAAUAUCUGGAGGGGUGCCAGCGGGCUGGUACUGUCGUCAAACAGCUGUGUUGUCAUUUUUUGUUUAUGUUUACAUUUUGCACCAAAGAUGCCGAACUCGGCGGUAAUUUUGUGAUCUAUAAACCCAGAACCAGAAUCGCAAUGGCCGCAGAAUCGAACGGCAAGCGAAAAGCGGCUCCGUCGGAGUUUGAGCAGCAGGACGACGACUCGGAGGAGAUUCUACCGGACAAACGCUUCAAAAUCGACCAGGAAUGCGUCAAAGUGGAAGAUAUCAAACCGGAAAUCGACGACCAGAUGAUUCUACCUGACCGGGAUGAAGUUGGCAAGUCACCUUGCGAUCCGGUGAAGCACGAACCUGUGGAUAUUGAAACCGAGAUGGAUGAAUUUGACGCAGACGAUUUCUUGGUCGUACUUCCCCGUGACGACGAUUCCUUAGACGAGGAACUCCUUCUUGAUCCGGAAGCCGAUAACCAGAAAGGAAUCGCACGCACGGUCAAGCCAAACUGCGGUCCCACCUGCCAUGCUCAGUGCAUUCUGCGAGUGUCGGACGAGGUGCGGCAACAGCUGCUGGAGCAUCUGCUACGAAUGUCCCUAAACGAUAAGCGGCGAUUCAUCAACGAUCACAUCUGCGCCAUGCCGGUCGCGAAACCGCAAUCGCUGUCCAGUCGCCGCAUGCUGUCCAACCACUACUUCCUGCCCGUUGAGUCGCGGCUGGUCAAAGUGUGUAAAAAGAUGUUCAUAAACACGUACCGCUUGAGCGAUAAGAAAAUCCGAGUAAUUCUGUCGAAAAAGAUCGGCGACAAGCACGUGGUCUGCGGGAAUCCCAACUUUCCGGCGCUGCUGAAAAAGGGGGGCAAGUUUUACUUCGAGUAUGAUGAGGCUUUUGUCCCAGCGGUCGCGAAGGUAGUCCGGGAGGGAGGGUGCAAAUGCGCUCUGCAGUGCGAGAACUUGUUUACGGAGGAAGUGAUUGAGCAGAUACGGAGCAGCUUUUGGGAGAAAUCCAAACAGGAGCAAAAGAUCUUCCUCUCAGAGCACGUCCAGUUGUUAGCGGGCAAGAGGCAUCCAGAUGAGAGUGCACUUUUCAGAGCUCGAUUCAUGCUUCCCUUCGGGUCAACCGUGCGCGUGGUAUGCCGGAAGACGUUCCUGCGUGUGUUCAAGCUAACCACGAGCCAAGUAAAACAUCUGCUGAGCAAUCCACCUGAAAGUUCUUUCGAAGUAGCCAUCAACGACGCCGAAAUUCUACCUGACUGUGAUGAAGCUAGCAAGUCACCCAAAGAAGCUGAUAAGGAUGACCCUUUGGACAUUGAAUCUGAGUUCGUGGAAGCUCUUCCCCGUGAGGACGAUUCCGUCGACGAUGACGACGAAGGUGACGACCAUUCCGACACCGACAGUCAGACUGAAAUUCUUCCGCCCGAGGAAGAAAAAGAACUCGCUAAAUUCAGUCGAAAAAAGCGCAAACUACGCGGCCUCAGCUACACGUCCCGAGGCGGACAGCAAUGGCCGGCCCGCGUUCUUCGACCAAACUGCGGCCACUCCUGCCAGUUCCAGUGCAGGACGCGAGUCUCGGACGAGGUGCGCCAACAGCUACUGUCCAAACUCCUCACGCUCAAGUCUCACACCGCACAGCGUCAGUUCAUCGCCGACCACAUCUGCAAUGUGCCCAGCUCUCGGGCUCCGUUGAACAAACGCCUGUUCAACCACUACUUCCUGCCCGUGCAGUCCCGACUGGUCAAAGUGUGCAAAACGAUGUUCAUGAACACGUACGUAUUGACCGAUAAAAAUAUUCGAAUAGUUCUCGCGAAAAAGAGCGGUGACAAGCACGUGGUCUGCGGAAAUCCCAACUUCCCCGCUCUGCUGAAGAAGGGCAACAAGUUUGACUUCGAUUACGACGAGGGUAUGGACGCGUCCCGGCUGCACUCAGGCCAAGUGCGCGUUCUGGUGGAUCCGCUCGCAAUGGCCAAGCAGCACAUCGGCGCGCAUCGAACGGACGAGGAUCACCACUGUGCGGUGAGUGGAGAGUUGGUGAAGCUUUCGCGCUGUCCCAACGUGGCGCGGAUUUACGGUGAGUAUCGGGAGGGGUGCCGGGGGCGGCAGGGAGUAGAUCCGAUCGAGUAUCGGCAGUUUUUUGCGGAGUUUUGUCGGCAUUUUGCGGAGACGGGACUGCUGCAGCAGACGAGCUGUCCCGAUUGUGGGUACUUUGACAGGGGAGAGGGAGGUUGAGCCGUGGGUUGGAAUAAAUUUGUUACGUUUAUGU